UUAAAUUAGUGGCGUUGAUAUCUGGAAUAUACAAAACUAAUUCCUGCAGAUCAUUUAGUUUUCACUCCUGUCAUGAAACUACAACAACAAGUUUAAGACUUUGAGAAAGUUGCUUCGAAAAGGAAGUGUGCUACAGUCUGCUGAACUCACCGGAUGUCUUCAACACAGUGAAUCAAGAUGGGCUUCAAUUGAAAAAAAGGAAGAGUGAUUCUUAACUGAACAACAAUUUGGCAAUUCAACUGAAGAUGAGUGAUUCUGGACAACUGAGCACCAACUUGGCCACUGAACAGGAGAAGUGUUACGACCCUACAGACACCACACUCACAUUCGUGGAUGGAGAUGAUGAUAUGGAUUUUUUGUGUAUUGACUACAAGUCUCUGAGAGCAAAGAUGUCCUGUGGUCAUGCUGUCACUCCGAUGUCUCUCACCGACUGGUGUCGCAGGUUGUUGGACAAGGGUGAGUGCAGAUUUGUGUGUGGCCAACCUGGCUGUAAUGUUGAGUGGGCCUUUGAGGAGGUUUGUAAGAUGGCUCUUCUAAGCCCUGAAGAACUGGAGUACUUUGAGAAGAAGAUAUUCAGUAAUGCUGCCAAGGAUUACUUGGAUGUCAAAGUGUGUCCUGGUUGCAAGUCCUCUGUGGUGAGAACUGAGCUCAGUGAUCUGAGUGUUUUCUGCCCAGUGUGCACUGUUGACACAAAAAGGUCUUAUAGAUUCUGCUGGCAGUGUUUGAAGGAAUGGAAAGGUCCGGCUCCACGUUUAGAUUGUUGUGAAAAUGAUGGCUGCAUUAAUCAGCCACUAGAAACACUAAGAAACUGUCCAGUCCUUGUCUUUAAGGAUAUGAAGGGUGUCACUGGAUGUCCCUCCAUCCGUGCCUGUCCCACCUGUGGUUUGCUGCUGGAGCAUAACAGAAAAUACUGUAAAAGCAUCGUCUGUCGCCGCUGUAAGGUGAAGUUCUGUUUUGUGUGCCUGAAGCUCAGUAAAGAGUGCCGUAAGUCCUCCUCAUAUUACAGACUUUGCUCCACUGGUGUAGCACAUAGACAGACCUCUAUACCUGUGUGGAAGAGGAAAUAAUUCUGUUGAUUUAACUCUGUGAUCUCAAGAAAUACAAACACAGUUAUCCUCAUGAUUAUUUCUCAGACACAAACUCAACCCCAUACCAACAACAUCACACAACUUUGGAAUUUCUUUUUUUGAGAAACAUUUUCUACUUCAAACUAAAAAUUGUAGUUAAUAUUUAUAGUCAUAUUUGAAACUGUUUAUUAUGUCACAUUUUUCCUUAAGUUUUGCUUUAACUUCUUUAAUGUUAUCUUCUUGUUUGCAGUCAUUUUAAUCUCUAAUAUUUACAUUCCAUUGUUUUAUCAUUAUGUAUUUAACUGAUUAUGUAUUUGUUGUCUUAACAUAACACUGUUGUUUUCCUGUAAUAUAGAGAUAAAUAAACAUAUACUAUUGGUUUGAAUACAUUAUGUGUAGCAGUGAUGCUCCAUGAGCUGGUCCUGGUCUUGGCCAAAAUGAAGUCAGUAAGCAUCACAAAAAAAUAGAUAAUAUGAAUAAAUGUGAAAUGAUAAACAAUGAAUCUGCUUAUAAAAGGCUUUGUUCACAUUGAUUUGAAUAUAUUGGUGAAAUCUCUCUCUGUCAGGUGAUCUCAGUUGUGCAAUAUGUACCAUCAUACUGCAACUCAAUCUUCAUCUCUCACAAAUAUGAACCAGAACAGAAUAUAAUUUUAUUGUCCACAAAAGUAAAAAAUGAUUUAAUCCGAAUGUAUACUUAAAGGUUAUUUAAUGAGUGAAUUCUGUCUAUUUAAGCCCCUUCUCUCCUUUGCUAGUCAUUUUCUGUCUUGUGUCUUUUUAAUCUGAAUUUUUAUCACUUGUGUUUUAUUGUUUUGUUACAUGUGCAAAUAAAGAAAGCUAAACAAACCUAAA